CGGGUAACGACGGGUCACACAGGCAGCACAGCCAGGAGCCAGCAGCGGCAGCUUUCCCUCUGUCACGCUCACACGCCUGCAGGCCGGCCAGCUCCAUUGCCAACCAUCGUCGAGCUUGCAGCUCGCUGGUCGCAUCGUCCGUCCAACGCCACCUAUGGCCGCCGCUCCUCCUGCCCGGCACCGGCACCGGCACCGGCACGCGCUGCUUAUUUUUGUUGUUGUUACUGCAGCUGCAGCAGGAGCAGACGCGCAGCAUCCGCCGUUGCCGGGGUUCUACCCGAGCAAGCGUUACCGCGCGCGUCCCUUCUCCCGCGACUUCCGCACCCUGUGGGGCGCGCAGCACCAGUCGGUGUCCGGCGGCGGCGGCGGCGGCGGCGUGACCAUCUGGCUGGACUCGACGUCCGGGAGCGGGUUCAAGUCGCGGCGGGCGUUCCGGUCGGGCUACUUCGGCGCGUCGGUGAAGCUGCAGGCCGGGUACACGGCCGGGGUCAUCACGGCCUUCUACCUGUCGAACGCGGACGCGCACCCGGGGUUCCACGACGAGGUGGACAUGGAGUUCCUGGGCACCACGCCGGGGCAGCCGUACACGCUGCAGACCAACGUGUACGUCCUCGGCUCCGGCGACGGCGGGCCUGGCAGGGUCGUCGGGCGGGAGGUCAAGUUCCGCCUGGACUGGUUCGACCCCACCGCCGACUUCCACCACUACGCCAUCCUCUGGAGCCCCACGCACAUCAUCUUCUACGUGGACGACGUGCCGAUCCGGCGGUAUCCGCGGCGGAGCGAGACGUUCCCGCGGCGGCCGAUGUGGGUGUACGGCUCCAUCUGGGACGCCUCCUCCUGGGCCACCGACGACGGCAGGUACAAGGCCGACUACCGCUACAGCCCCUUCGUAGCGCGCUUCUCGGGGCUGCUCCUCCGCGCCUGCUCGCCGCGCGCCCCGCCAAGGUGCCGCGCGCCAAGCGGCGGCCCGACCGGCGGCGGCGGCGAUGCGCUCAGCCCGCAGCAGGAGGCCGCCAUGCGGUGGGUGCAGCGCAAUCACAUGGUCUACAACUACUGCCUCGACCCCAAGCGAGACCACAGCCUCACCCCAGAGUGCAUUAUUCACCACGCAGCAGCUGGCGAUACCUACUACUAGCUAAUUACAUAAUUAGAUAUAUACAUAUUCAUCAGCUUAUGUAUGUGUCUACGUACCAUAUGUCCUAUCGCUAUAUAUCUCUAGUUUUGUUGUAAUAUUAAAGAGAUGACAUUUGCUUCAGCAGAUUCUGAGAAACACAUGCAUCUGUAUCCCAUU